AUGCAAGACAAUACAGCAAUACAGCCACCCCCGAAGGCUGCCAAAAAGAAAAUUGUAAUUAUGGAGCCCCACGAAGAAUCCGGAGUUGAAAAGCGACGGGAAGGUGGCAAACGAUACCGAAAAUCAAUUUUCCCCGGUUUUCGUGACAGUAUCAUGAUGGACAGUCGGCGUCAAUCGUCGGUGGCCGCAUUUGGUCGAAUGAUGGACGCCGCGUUUCCGUCUUUACCGUCACAACGAUUCACCAGUCGUAGAAGUACCAUGUACUUGACGCCCCGCUUUCAAAACACUUACCGACUGGAAUCACGACAUCCUUUCAAGAGAGAAAAAGUCGAACACAUAGUCGAUCGCUAUCUUAGAAAUUUUCUGGAUGACCACAAGUACAACCCUAAACGGGCUAAACGCUUGGCCGAGGAUAUGAGUGUGGAAUUGAAGAAUCUUAUCAAAUUUUGCAACUACGAUCGCUAUCGGGUGCUUUCCGUGGUUACGAUUGGGGACAAAACUUCGCAGGAUUUCAAGUGCGUAAUGCGAUUCGUGUGGGAUGCCGAAAAGGAUGGCUAUAUAAAUUUUGCAUAUGAAACACCGACUUAUUUUGUAAUUGCUACGAUUUUCGCCGUGUAUUAUGAAUAG